CUCCCUUUUCGCAUCUUCAGAGGAAAACAUAUACGAGAGACGCAUUUUGGGUUUCUUUUUUUGCCUUUUCUGGGAAACAAAGAAGCCAUUUGUCGUCGUUUUUUGAAAGCUAACGGUGUAAAGGGAGAGAUUUUGAUUCAAAAAAAGAAAGUUUCUUAUUCGUUCAAAUAGGAAAAUUCUAGUGCGAAGCAGUUUUCAGCAAGGGAAAAAAAAGAUGGUGCAGUUUGGGGUAAAACGUAGUGUUUUGAGGUCGGUACUGUUGAAUUUCCUCAAUUUUGGUAUAGCUUUCAUGCUAGUUUCAGCUGAGAGGAGCUUGAAACGUGGAGAAACCGUCAAGGAAUCUGAAACAAUCAAUGGUUAUUUUCUCAGAGCUAUUAAUUUCUUGUGGAAAUCUGAUGAGUCAGGUUAUCACCAUGUUUGGCCAGAAAUGGAAUUUAAUUGGCAAAUUGUGGUGGGAAGUAUAAUUGGAUUCUUUGGAGCAGCUUUUGGAAGUGUAGGUGGAGUUGGUGGAGGAGGCAUUUUUGUUCCUAUGCUUAGCCUUAUUGUUGGGUUUGAUGCAAAAUCAGCCACAGCCAUUUCCAAAUGUAUGAUCAUGGGUGCAGCAGCUUCAACUGUUUAUUACAAUCUUAAGCUCAGGCAUCCUACACUGGAUAUGCCUAUCAUUGAUUAUGAUUUGACUCUUCUUAUCCAGCCAAUGCUCAUGAUGGGAAUUAGCAUUGGAGUCACUUUUAAUGUCAUAUUUGCAGAUUGGAUGGUCACUGUUUUACUUAUUAUUCUCUUUAUAGGAACAUCAACAAAGGCAUUCUUCAAGGGUGUUGAAACAUGGAAAAAGGAAACCAUACUGAAACAAGAGGCUGCCUGGCGUUCAGCCUCAAAUGAUACCGAUAAUGGAGAUGUGGAAUACAAGCCUCUUCCUAGCGCCCCAAACAAUGGUCCUCCUAAGGACAACUCAGAUAAAGAAGUCCCUGUCUGGGAGAAUGUGUAUUGGAAAGAACUUGCACUCCUUUGUUUUGUUUGGGUUACUUUCCUUGUACUGCAGAUUACCAAGAAUAGUACAUCCACUUGUUCGGUGUCGUACUGGGUGUUGAACUUGCUGCAGAUCCCAGUUUCAUUUGGUGUAUCUCUAUAUGAGGCAGUUAGUCUCUAUAAAGGACAUAGGGUAAUUUCAUCCAAGGGAGAUCAAGGCACAAAUUUUCGGGUGCUCCAGCUUGUUACCUACUGCACUUUUGGAGUAUUAGCUGGAGUUGUUGGUGGUCUACUCGGCCUAGGUGGAGGAUUUAUCAUGGGUCCACUAUUCUUGGAGCUGGGUGUCCCUCCUCAAGUAUCAAGUGCGACUGCUACCUUUGCCAUGACUUUCUCCUCGUCCAUGUCGGUUGUAGAAUAUUACCUUUUGAAACGUUUUCCGGUACCUUAUGCUCUUUACUUCACCAUGGUGGCUACCGUUGCUGCCCUGAUCGGGCAACACAUUGUCCGAAGGAUGAUAAUUUUAUUUGGAAGGGCAUCUUUGAUCAUCUUCAUUCUAGCAUCCACAAUAUUUGUUAGUGCAAUAUCACUAGGUGGUGUUGGCAUAUCAAACAUGAUUGGGAAGAUUGAGCGAAAUGAGUACAUGGGAUUCGAAAAUAUCUGCAAGUAUGAAAGCUGAUAUUGUCAGGUUCUCUUUUCUCGCUCAAUUGAACCCUCUAAUUCCCCUGUAAAUUUAGCUAAUCUUGUGUUGUCCAAGGCAACAAAAACUGCUUUCUGUUUGUUCCAUCUGUUACGUUUUGGGGGGUAAAGAGGGUCAAUUAUUUCAAUUUUUACUAGAUUUUCACCGUCCAUGCUAUAUUUAGCAGAUACUUUUUGUGACAAUCUUUUAUUGUUCGUCUGAUGAAUGGAAUUGUAGCUUUCUGUUGUUUA